AUGGCGUUUGGUAUCUGGCUCUAUCUCUUUGUUUAUCCUUUUAAAAACAUUGCACAAAAAUUCUAUUUCUUGUCACAGCUGUUGAAACAUCGCAAGGAAAAAAACAUGACAUUGCUAGUGAAGAUUAACAACAGUCACUCCUUGCUAUCAACAAUGUGCUCAAGCUUUUGUCCUCAACUUCCCAGUCACCUUAGAGCAAUACCCAUUUCUUCUUUCCUCACUAGACAAUCCUUCAAAGCUUUUUCUGUCAGUGCUUCAGUUAAAGCUGAUGGAUCAUCCACACGUGUUGGCUUUCUUGGUAUGGGAAUUAUGGGUACCCCCAUGACACAGAAUCUCAUAAAAGCUGGAUGUGAUGUGACUGUUUGGAAUAGGACCAAGAGCAAAUGCGAUCCUCUCAUCAGCUUAGGUGCAAAAUAUAGACCUUCUCCUGAAGAAGUAGCUGCUGCCUCUGAUGUCACAUUUGCCAUGCUUGCUGAUCCUGAAAGUGCAGUGGAGGUUGCAUGUGGAAAGAAUGGAGCAGCAGGUGGUAUGGGCCCAGGGAAAGGGUAUGUAGAUGUUUCAACUGUUGAUGGAGGUACUUCUAAAUUGAUUGGUGGGCACAUCAAAGCUACCGGGGCAUCAUUUUUGGAGGCUCCUGUUUCCGGCUCUAAAAAACCAGCAGAAGAUGGGCAGCUUAUAUUUCUUACUGCAGGUGACAAACCUCUGUAUGAAAUAGUGGCUCCAUUCUUAGACAUCAUGGGGAAGUCAAGAUUUUACCUUGGAGAUGUCGGAAAUGGCGCUGCAAUGAAACUCGUUGUCAACAUGAUCAUGGGAAGUAUGAUGGCAACAUUUUCUGAAGGGAUUCUUCUGGGUGAAAAAGUUGGACUCGACCCGAAUGUAAUAGUUGAGGUAGUGUCACAGGGUGCCAUUAGCGCACCAAUGUACUCCAUGAAAGGUCCAUCUAUGAUCAAAUCUAUCUAUCCUACCGCGUUUCCUUUAAAGCAUCAGCAAAAGGACUUGAGACUUGCUCUUGGAUUGGCAGAAUCUGUUUCUCAACCAACCCCAAUUGCUGCAGCUGCAAAUGAACUGUACAAGGUAGCUAAAAGUCAUGGCCUGAGUGAUAGUGAUUUUUCUGCCGUGAUCGAAGCAUUGAAAGUCAAAUUGCAGUCCUGAGAAGAAUACAACACUUUCUUCUCCGCACGUACGAGAACUGUUUAUCUUCAGGAUGCUGUGUUUUUCCAGGGUCUAAAUGAAAGUUGGUCGUAAGGUCUUCAGCAAUAAGUGUGCACUUUCCAUUUUGCCAUUUUCACGAAUUCUUUUUGGCGGUUGGUCCUUGUAAUCCAGUGUUUGUAUCAUGUUCAUGCACGCCUAACACCAUUUGCAAUGCAAGGCUACCAAUUAAAAAGCA